UUGAUUUCAUCGUCAAGAUCAAAGUCUUUUUUUUUUCCUUUCUCGGUAAACAAACAGACAAAACAGUAACAAAAAAAAUCCUAAAAAGGGAGUCCGCGCCCUUGUUUUAAAGCAACAACUCGUUAGCCCUUGCCACCUCUCUCUUCUUUCUUGUUCUGUGUUUUAUCAUCAAUACUCUGCCUUGGAAGUUUCUUAGUUCUCCGGUUUCUGCAAACUUUUCGAAUUCAUGGGUGCUAGUCUCUCUGCUUUGUUCAUCGACGAAGAUGGUUUAUUAUCUUCGUCAUCACCCAGUUUGGGGGACUUACCAGAAAGCUGUGUGGCAUCGAUUAUUGAGUAUUUAGACCCUCCACAUAUAUGCAAGUUGGCAAAGUUGAACAGAGCAUUUAGGGCAGCUUCUUGGGCUGAUUUCGUUUGGGAAUCGAAGUUGCCACCCAAUUAUCAAAUCCUUGUUGGGAAGAUUCUGAGCUUUGCACCUGAGAAAUCGAGUAAAAGAAGCAUAUACGCAAGACUCUGCAAAGCUAAUACUUUUGAUGGUGGCACCAAGAAAGUAUGGCUGGAUAAGAGCACAGGCGGUGUUUGUAUGUCAGUAUCUUCGAAGGGCUUGCAGAUAACAGGGAUUGAUGAUCGACGAUAUUGGAAUCAUAUUCCUACCGAAGAAUCUAGGUUUGGUUCCAUUGCAUAUCUUCAGCAAAUAUGGUGGUUUGAAGUCGACGGAGAGGUGGAAUUCCCCUUUCCACCAGGGACCUAUAGCGUUUUUUUCAGACUACAGCUCGGUCGUGCCACGAAAAGUUUCGGUCGCCGGAUCUGCAACUCGAAGCACGUACAUGGUUGGGAUAUAAAACCGGUAAGGUUUCAGCUAUGGACGUCAGACGGGCAGUACGCCACAUCUCAAUGUACGGUGAGUGAUCCAGGGGAAUGGUUUCAUUACCAUGUGGGGGACUUCAACCUUGAGAAAUCGAAUUCAUGGACUAAGAUCAAAUUAUCAAUGACACAAAUUGAUUGCACACAUACAAAGGGUGGUCUUUGUUUAGACUCGGCUGUUAUAUACCCAAGUAAAUUUAAAGAAAGGCUAAAGCACAAAGGAUUUCUCAAAGUGUGAUAAACCCAUGUAGUUAGAAUUUUCUUUUUAUAGU